AUGGAAGUGAAAAGGUGGGUAUUGUGGGUGAUGAGUUUUUGUGUUUUGGCACAAAUACUGGGAAUCAAAUGUUGUGUGAGAGAAGAGAGAGAAGCACUGCUCAAUCUUAAGGCUUAUGUUCUUGAUGUCUACCAUAAUGAUCCUCUUGUGGAGAAGCGUUUAUCUUCCUGGGUUACUGAUGAUCCAAACAGUGACUGUUGCAGAUGGGAUAGGGUUACGUGCCAUGUUUCUUCUGGUCGUGUUUCUGAGAUUUCUCUCCAAGCUCUUAAUUACAGGCGUUCUGAUGGAGCAUUUGGUUUCUCUGCGGCUUCUCUUCAUAAUGAUGAAAAGCCUGUUGUUGGUGUACCUGACCUCCCUGGCCUCCCUCCAUUGCCUCCCAUUGAUUUCUCCUUGUUCCAAAGCUUCAAGGAGGUGACAAGCCUCAAUUUCUCCCAAGGUCAAUUUUUCAGGCUCAUAAGCACUCAAGUUUUGGCUAAUCUAAGCAACCUGGAAGUCCUCAUAUUGAAGAGCAAUAAUCUUAUUGGAUCUUUACCAUUUCAAGAUAUAUGUAAACUGAAGAAGAUACGUGUGCUGGAUUUUAGUCACAAUGCAUUUAAUGGUUCCUUGAACAAAUGUUUGGCCAACUUGACAUCUCUUCAAGCUCUUGAUCUCUCAAGUAAUGUCCUAUCAGGGGAAAUACCAGCGUCCGCCAUAGCCAGCCUCACAUCUCUUGAGUACUUUUCUGCUAUGAGUAACUAUUUCAAAGGCAUAUUCCCUUUGAGUUCCUUCACUAAUAAUUCACGGCUUAAGGUACUUGCACUUCAAAUGUAUAACAGUGAGUUUCAAGUGGAUACUGAAAGUGAAGUUGUUCCUUAUUUGGUCCCUUUAUUUCAAUUGCAAGUUUUGGACUUGGCAAAUUGCAAAGUAAACGCACCUAGUGGAACCUUCCCCUCCUUUCUCUUGUAUCAACAUGACUUGCACUAUCUUGACCUCUCAAACAAUGAUUUGUUUGGAGCGUUCCCAAACUGGUUGAUUCUCAACAACACAAACCUCACGUCUUUGAUUUUACAUCACAACAAGUUCACAGGGUCUUUUGAGCUGCCAACCUACGUAGAUCAACCUCCUCCACUUCCCUUGACUAAUUUGCAGCUAUCUGACAACAAAAUGGAGGGUCAACUCCCCACAAAUAUUGGCCUAGUGUUUCUAAAUUUCGAAUAUUUAAAUGUGUCAGGAACUGGAUUUAGUGGAGGUAUUCCUCCAUCAAUAGCAAACAUGUCCAAUUUGAUUGCUUUGGACUUAAGCAGAAACAGAUUUUAUGGUCAAGUUCCAGAGUCUUUCUGGGAAGGCUGUGCUUCAUUAACAUACUUGAUCUUGUCACAAAACAACUUAGAGGGAAAUUUAUUUGCUUCUCAGUUGAACUCUUCCUCUCUGCGAUGGUUUUUCUUGGACAGCAACUACCUCAGUGGGACACUGGAACAUGAAACAUGGAACCUCCCAAAUCUUGAUGCGUUAGAUAUCUCUAACAACAGUUUCUGGGGUAGGGUUCCUACUUUCAUCAGCUCUUCAUAUUUACGAGUGAUAAACUUGUCAAGAAAUAACUUCACUGGUACGCCACCCAGAGAGUUCUGCAAACUUGACCUCUUGCAUUUGCAGCUUUCUCAUAAUAAACUCUCAGGUUCAAUACCGGCUUGCUAUUUGAAUAUAGAUUUGUCCUCUCUUCAGUUGCAAGGCAAUUUUCUUUCAGGUUCCAUUCCUACCUUAAUGAGAACAGGUAGCUACUUAGUGGCACUUGAUUUGAGGGACAACGAUCUCUCUGGAGUUAUUCCAGAUGGGAUUUUUAGGAUGAAUUCAUUGAGAUCUCUUCUACUGGGUGGUAAUCAGCUACAAGGCCAACUUCCUAGCCAGUUGUGUCAGCCCAAGAUGAUGAAUUUUUUGGAUCUGUCACGUAAUAACUUCACUGGGAAUAUUCCUACUUGCUUUGACAAAGUCUUAUUUGGAGCAUGGGAUUACAGAUUUCCUGAGUAUGAUAGGAUAAUAAUCCCUUCAGAUUCCCAUUAUCAGUAUGCUCCACUUCAACUUCAGCUAUUCUUUGAACAAAAUCAGUAUUUUAUGACAGCAAUAGCCAGUGGACUCCAAGUAGAUUUUAUGACAAAAAAUUUGCUGCUUCCAUACAAAGGUAACAUUUUGAGGUUUAUGUCUGGAAUAGAUUUGUCAAGCAACCAGUUAACUGGAAAAAUCCCUCAAGAGAUUGGAUAUCUGGAAUCCCUUCAUGCAUUAAACUUAUCUCACAAUAAUCUGAAUGGAUCAAUUCCAGAAAGUUUCCACAAUCUUGCAGAUAUAGAGAGCAUAGACCUCUCAAACAACAACUUGGAAGGAGAAAUCCCUAUUCAGUUACAGGACUUGAACUUUCUAGGUGUAUUCAAUGUGUCCUACAACAAUUUGUCAGGUACAGUGCCUAAUGGUUUAACCUUUGAUGACAGCAGCUUUAUAGGAAAUCAUUAUCUCAUUUGGAAUCAUAGCAACAGAGGUAACUCUACACAUGAACCACCCCCACCAUCUCCUCUCAACAAUGAUACAAAGGAAGAUGAAUCUGCCAUAGAUUUCAUUUCCUUCAUUUGGAGUUUUUCAGCAUGCUAUGUCGCGGUGUUGGUUAUUAUGGCAACAGUUCUUUGGAUCAACCCAUACUGGCGAAGAUUGUGGUUUUAUUACAUUGAUACAUGUCUCUAUAGAUGUUUGUAUCCAUAUCUUAAAGAUGCAUUCUGGUAGAAUUCGCAAGUGUUUGAAUAAGUUGCGCAAGAACUUUAGACUUGUUGACUUGUG